AUGUUACCCAUCGAUAUCCAGGAAUUAGAAUUCGAAAGCACCAAAAAAUUAUUGCUACGACUGGACGAAUGGAGAAAUGGUAUUUGCCCUAACGGUGCACUUGCAAAGGAAGCCUGUUUUGUAUUGGAUAAUAGACCCACCAUCUCCAUCCAUCCCGAUCAAUCCUCGAUCACUCAACAAGUGGUCACAACUGAAUUAAUUACUGAAAGAGACUGGUCAGAUAAUUUAGUGGAUUGUGGAGCCAUCAGUCACCUCAAUGACGAUAUCCUGAUGAAGACCAUGUCUGAUUUCUUCAUGAUCUUCCAUGCUUCAGAUAAGGUAAAUAACUGUAAUACGUUACAUUCUCUGCAAUUACGCAAACAUGCGUCGUUUAAAGUAGACAACAUAUUGCGUCCAACAAGCCAACUCCAAACUCGCAUUCAAGAAUUAUUAAAAGAUGAAACUUCAAAUCUAAAUUCCAAAUGGGAAGAGUUAUUGGAUAUAUGGAACAAGUAUGGUUAUUUAUGGCCCCGCAAAAUCGUACUGGGCUAUAAAAUACAUUUAAAAGAAUCCUAUAAAUUUAAAGACGGUCAUGACAGCACCAACGGUUAUUAUCAUCACAUCAAUAUCCUGAGAGAAAGGUUUUAUCGUGAAAACCCCAAAAAAGACCACCAACCUUUUGACUUGGAGCACUUUCUUCAACAUGCCACCAUCGUAUCACGACUCGAUAUGGCCCCCAUUCAUGAAUUUUUCGACUUGGAAUCACGAAAUGCAAUUGCAGAAAUUAUUCAUUUAAAAUUUGUUCAAAUACCGGUUUAUUGUCCCAUCAAAAUUUUUAAUGUUUACACAAAUAGUUACCUGUGUUGGGAUCCUUACAGUAACGCACGACAAGACCCUUCCUUUGAUGGUGACCACCAGGAUUAUCUCGUUCGUGCACUCAGCGCUGAACCUUUGGAUCUCAGUAGAGCACCGGAAAGUCAAUAUAUUUGGCGAAUGACAUGGCGACCCACUGGCAAUGCACAAAAACACCAUGACGACACGUUUGAUCCUGAAGAACACCGACCUCAAACCGUUCGGGGCUGCAGCAAAGUCUACAUCUAUCCUGCUUGCAAAUCAAUAGCGCCCAAACAGACGUCUUCCGUAAGCAAACACCCACAAGCUUCAUGGCAUAUCAAUGAUCGCAUGGAGGAUGCUCCAGAUAUGAAUGAGACCCAUAAAAUGGUUUUAUCCUGUCGUCCCUACCGUCAUGAAACAAACGUACAGCAAUCUGAAUAUUCGAAACUACGACCGCUACGCCUAUUAUCUAACGAUUCGUUGCACUACCCCAAUGAAAAGAUUGAUUGGACCAUCGAGUACCCAGAUAAUGGGUUAAAAUACAUGACGGAUGCACAAACAAAUAUCAAGCUCAAUUUUCAUGAACACGUUCGACGAUUGAAACCCUUAUUGAUUGGCGAUGUGAUACAACUGCAACAAAUUGGACUUCUAACUGCUUUUAAUCCGAUUGUUCGAUUAGCUGGUGCCUUGUCUCCAUCACAACAGCGUCCCAACCCUUUAGAGCGACAACAACCCGAUUCUUCUCAAAGUUUGCGAACUGCCAGACGCGUAGUAGCACGUAAACCAAGCCUGAAAUCCAAAUGCAAGAAGAACGUUUUGUGUGUAGAUGAAGAUUUUACGGUGGAUAGUUGGAAAGAAAACACCUUUUGGAAAAUCGAAUUAGCAACAAAAGCAGACAUGAAUCGACACUCCAACAACUUUAUUCGUUGGCCACAAUCUAAUGUUGACCAUAAAUAUGGAUAUCCCAAAGAUUAUCAUCCUUUACUGACCCAAGAUAUUCGAACCCAUUUACCUUUGCACUUCAAUAGAGAAACUGGAUCACUGGCUAGCAGCACCAACACUUCUCUAAGAAGAGCACGCUCCCUUGGAUCUUUACACGAGUCCUUUAAUACCACCAUCCACGUUCGCGAUGACUCUGAAAAAGCACCCUACUUUGUAAAUUUAGUCAGUACCAAAUCCAAAUCCAAAAUACUUUCAAAGAUAGCAAAAGUAUCCCUUCAACCACUAGCACAAUUGGUAAAACCAUCAUGGUCUAAGCCAAAAAAUCCACAUCUUGACCCUCCUCCUUUUAAAACGCAUCCAACAUCUUGA